UUAAAAGCGCUAUCGCAAAAAUAUCCUUAUCUGGUCUGCUCUCCAUCACAUGCCAUGCCACAAAGAACAGUCCCUACGGAUGCUACCUCUUCAGAGAUAGCCAUCAGCAACUUGAAUAUCGCCUUUGAUGUAUGUAUUACAGCUCUUGAGGUUUGUUUUUCCAGGCACUAACAUUUAGAACGUUUUGGUAUCGAUGGGGUUCAUUAUGAAUGCGCUCAGCUUGGGUAACGCCGCACACCAGCAGAUAUUUGGUGUCAAGACGGAAGAACCGGUGAUCCAGAGUAACCAGUCGCUCAAUGUAAUCCAUGCGAACAACAAUUACCAUCUUUCGGCGAACGCGUUCGCACCGAGCGGCACGGCGCGCGGGUUUGACGAUCUCGGCAAGUCAAGUGUGCACACGGUGCUCUCGCGUGACUUGAAGGCGUUGGACGACUGUCUUCUCGCACAGUGGCGCCAGUUGGACGAGCUCGAUAUGGUGGUGAAAUACGCGACGCAAGAACAGGGGCCGUUACAGCAGAAGAAGGCGGGACUCGCGCGGGAGUUGGCAGAGAGGGAGAAAGUCUUGACCGAGUUGAAGAGGCAGGAGACGGAGAAGCUACAAAAGGAGAAAGAGCAGCGGGAGCGCGAGGAGGCAGAGAAGCGACAGAUGGAAGAGCGCGAGAAGACCCGCGUGCGUGAGGAACAGGAAAAAGAAAAGGCCCGUAAGGAACAGGCUAAAAAAGAAAAGGCAGAGGAGGACAAGCGGGAAAAGGCCCGGAAGCUGGCAGAGGCCAAGAAGGCGAAGGAACAGGCCAAGACGCCGGCCAUGCACAGCCCCGAGGCCCAUUCGACGUCUCCAUCGCAGGCUAAGUUUACCAACCCUACGGAUAUCUUGAACAACUUGUACACCCACUCGGAUGCUCCGGUUCCGGCUCCGAUUCUCGCCAGCACCAAAAAGCCGGAUACAGCCCCUAUGCCCAACACCGACAUGAUGAACACAGACGAUUACUUCGACUAUGACAAUGAAAUGUCGCAGUUUGAUGAUUUCGUCAACAGCGCUGGCUUGGACCAGGACCAGGAUAUAGACCUCAACAUACCCGAAAUGCCCGCUUCGUUGCAGGUUCUGGCUUCGGCGCCCAUGCCGCCGAUAGACAGGCAGGAGGAGGAGAUGAACUAUCAAGACAUGAUGAUGUUAGGGCAGGAUGGGAUGCUCGACAGCAGUGCCGGCAACGGAGACUAUGACAUGGGUGAUAUGCUUGUGGGGGACGACAUGAACAGCAACUUGAACGAUAUUUUUGACGAGUUGGGGCUAAAUUUAGGCUAGGGUACUAUUUGUUUACGAGAGGUGUUUGCGUAACAGAUGAAGGUUUGAGAUCAAAUGUAGGUAGGGAAAGGGUAUUUUAUUGAAUGUAGGUAGAGGAAGGAUAUGUUAUUGACUAUAGACUGAAAUACGGAGUUCU